GAUUCCGGCGGAGAGAUACAGGUACAGAUGGUCCAGAGGAGGGUGAGCGCAAAUCGAGAUCGAAAAUCGCCAAAUGGUUCUCUCAAUUUCUUGUCUUUGGUAUACAUUUGAAGAUUAUGGAAUAUUCCAUUAUUUCUUCCAUUUUAGGGUGUAGAAGAGCAACCCUUUCCAAAGGAUCCAAGCGCUGGAUUCUUAUCACGUGGGUGGUACCGCAAGCGGUCGUCCCGUUUCAUUUCGUUCUCAUUUCAUUUUGUGUAAGUGUCAGCCGGAACGUGAACAUGAAAAAUACUUGUCAGCGGUUUUCCGUGUUGCCGGUACAUACAUCAUAUAUAGUACCAGCUCACGUGUAUGGAGAGAGAAAUCAGAGAUUUGUGUUUCCUCUAAUAUUUUCGCGUGUUUCAUCAUGGGCAUCCUUGAAAAAAUCGCGGAAAUAGAAAGCGAGAUGGCGCGAACACAGAAGAACAAGGCGACAGCCCACCAUCUUGGAUUGUUAAAAGCACGACUGGCCAAGUUACGAAGGGAGCUGAUCACACCAAAAGGCGGAGGGGGUGCGACAGGAGAGGGUUUUGAUGUUGCAAAGACUGGGGAUGCUAGAAUAGGUUUUGUUGGAUUCCCAUCUGUUGGCAAAUCAACACUGUUAACCAACUUAGCUGGUGUAUAUUCAGAGGUUGCUGCCUAUGAAUUCACAACCCUUACUACUGUACCAGGUGUGAUUCGGUACAAAGGAGCGAAAAUCCAACUCCUUGAUUUACCAGGGAUUAUUGAGGGUGCUAAGGAUGGUAAAGGAAGAGGGCGACAGGUCAUCGCAGUUGCUAGAACCUGUAGCUUGAUCUUCAUUGUGCUUGAUGUGCUGAAACCACUGGGGCACAAGAGACUUAUUGAAUAUGAACUUGAAGGGUUUGGAAUAAGGCUCAACAAGGAACCACCAAAUAUUACAUUCAGAAAGAAAGAAAAGGGUGGAAUUAAUCUCCAAACUACAUGCACCCAAUCAGAGCUGGACAUUGACUCUGUGAGAUCCAUUUUAAGUGAAUAUCGCAUUGCUAAUGCCGACAUCACCCUGAGAUAUGAUGCCACCACUGAUGAUCUCAUUGACGUCAUUGAAGGAAACAGGGUUUACAUUCCUUGCAUCUAUAUCCUGAACAAAAUUGAUCAAAUAUCGAUCGAAGAAUUAGAUUUAAUCUACAGGAUCCCACAUGCUGUCCCAUUAUCAGCUCACCACAAGUGGAACUUUGAUGAUCUGCUUGAAAAGACCUGGGAAUAUCUCAAUCUCAUAAGAAUAUACACAAAGCCAAAAGGUCAGCUACCAGAUUAUGAGGCCCCUGUGGUGCUGAAAAAUGGCCUUUCAAGUGUGGAGGAUUUCUGUAACUCUCUACACAAGAGCAUCAUGAAAGAAUUCAAACAUGCAUUAGUUUGGGGCUCUUCUGUAAAAUUCAGUCCACAAAAAGUUGGUAAGGAGCAUGUACUGCAAGAUGAAGAUGUGGUUCAAGUAGUGAAAAAGGUGUAAAAAUGAAACAUUGAAAGAAGUUUCAAAUCCUUUUGAAGCAAACUGAGAUGAAAGAUCUGUCCAGAGAUGUCAUCAUUGUAACAAGAGAAUUAGACUAGACAGAUCUAUUCUGUGAAAAGCAUUAUGUCUUGUCGAAAGAUGGCUUUGUAGUCAAAAUGAAUCAUGUUAUGAAAACUACAUACAUGUGCACGAUGCAGUGUUAGAUACCUGUACCUUUUUAUCACAUGCACCCUGUGAGGUUCAAAAAUUAACUGGUGAUAUGAUUGUUUUUUGCUUCUGCCAAUGUUGAUUACCAUGGCAAUCAACAAACCGUGAAUAAAUGAAAGAAAGAGAAUGGAUCAGGUCUACCAAUCACAACCCACAGUCCUGGCAUUUUGAGCCUGCUGAAAUGAAGUACUGGUCACAUUUUGAUGUCAUCUGUGAUCUACUACUGAACAAAUGCAUGGCAACAUGGAAUUUAUUUUUCAAGCUGACCCUUCAGUGUCUGUAGUGCAUGAUGAAGAAUCAUGAACCUGUGUUUCAACCAUACUAGUAUGUUGUUCUGCAAUCAGUUCUCGGGGGGAC